UCCAUUCCAUUAAGAACUCCUUGCCUCAAUCUUUGAUGAUAUACCUCGAAGAAGCAGCCAAGCAGGAUACGGAGCAAGUGGGUUCAGUAUCCCGCACUAUAUUAGUCUAUCGAUGUUAAUGAAACUUCUCUAACAGGAGUCGUGGAUAUAUCAAGUUAUAGAAUGGUCGACACCAAUUUACGUCUACUUGUCCUUGGCACUGGAGGUUGUGCCCACGUUCUUGCCGGCAUGAUGUCAUCGCAUCGGCACGUGGACGUCCGAGUCCUGACACAAUCUAGCGGUGAAGCGGAGCGAUGGAAUUCACAGAUGACGGAGGUUGGAUUCGAUGUUGUAAUGCGGAACUGGGAAGCCAAAAAGGAGAAACAUUUCGUCUCGAAACCAAGUAGAGUCUCUCACGACCCAUCGCAGGUUGCACCGGGCUGCAACAUGUUCAUCUUUACUGGGCCAGUCUCGCACCACGAGAUGUACUUCCAAGCUAUCAAACCGUACAUAGACCCGGGGUGCAUCAUAGUGGGCAUGCCCGGUGGGUGUGGGUUCUCCUUUCAAGCAGAAGGAGUUCUGGGGGAGAAACUACGAAAGUGCUUUAUGAUAAACUUUGACGCUUGUCCGUGGACGUGCCACAUCAAUUCUUUUGGUUUUGGUGUCGCUGUAACAUCAAUGAAAGAGUCAGUCCUGGUGUCGUCAUUAGGGGGCUUUACUCCUGGUCUUCUCGUGAAGGACCCCGUGAAGACCUUAGGACAGCUGCUCUACGAACAUCCAUCGCUGUCUCUCAAAGGUCACAUCCUAGGAGACAGUCUGACAAACCUUGAUGCCAUUCUCAACCCUUGUAUCAUGUACGGACAAUGGUGCAACUGGGAUGGAGAACCACUCGACAGCGCGCCGUUGUUUUACCAAGGCAUUGAUGAGAUCGCUGCGGCGCUUGCCACGGGAAUCGGAGAUGAGGCCGUCAACAUCUCCAAAGCCAUCACUCGGCUCAAACCACACAUUGACUUGACUCGAGUGCUCCUGGUAAAGGACAUUUACAAAUCUGCACACGUUAUUGACGGGUCUAACGAUGUUGAUAUCAGGUCUCUUGUCGCAAACGACUGGGAUCGUGCUGGUAUCAAACAUGAUAUGAGGCACAUGGAGACCUUUGAGCUCGUCCCGGACUUCAUGUGUGGCCACCUCACAGUGGAUGUGCCUCUUGGGCUGGUCGUGAUGCGGGGAAUGGCGGACAUCGUGGGAGUCCUGACGCCGUACAUGGACGAAAUCAUUAAGUGGGCAGAGAGCAAGAUGGGCAAGGAGUACAUCCAGUUUGAUAAACUUCUUGGUCGUGACGUCAUGGAGACGAGAUGCCCGCAGAAAUACGGACUUAAAACCUUAGACGACAUUGUAAACAUCUGAAUUCUAAUGUUAUUGAGGCUCUUUAGCACUGGACGAUUUGUUCUUCACCGAGCUUCGUUUUGGUGGUCCUAGAUGGAUCCCAAAUGUUUGAGGUGCGAUUCCCACACGCACUUAUUGGUUCCUACCUACUUUGAUAGGCUACAGAUAAACCGGAGGCACAUCUAGUGCUGUGAAAAUCGCAUCGAGGUCAUAGAACCAUUAAGUGAUACAAUAACGGUAUCACUACAUAUUACGUAAUUUACGAUUGUGCAAUGCCAGGGUUUAUCCUUGUUGUCUAAUUGCUUUGGAAUCUUCGCUGAAUAAAAAGUUGAAAUUGUGUAAUUAUAUGUAGUGA